AUGCUGUUCAGAAUAGCAACAACAACAAUUCCUUUAUCAACAUUAGUAUCACAAAAAUCUACAACAACAACAAUUCCUAUUCCUUCAUCAACAUCAGUAUCACAAAAAUCUACAACAACAACAAUUCCUUCAUCAACAUCAGUAUCACAAAAAUCCACAACAACAACAAUUCCUUCAUCAACAUCGGUAUCACAAAAAUCUACAACAACAACAAUUCCUAUUCCUUCAUCAACAUCAAUAUCACAAAAAUCUACACCAACAACAAUAACAACAACCAAAGUUGCACCAAUUACAACUUCAUCUUUUCAUACCUUAUCAGCUGCUAUAUCAACAACGACAGUCAGAGCAGUAAUCAAAACUAUCAUUUUGACAACACAAGCAUUAUUUACAACACUUGAUACAUCAACUAUAAUUAUGCCUCAAUCAUUCAUAUCAACAUUCACUAACAUCCUAACUAAGUCAAAUCUACCAAUAACUGAAAAGAGUACAUUUCAGAAUAUAACUAUGGUGACAAAAGAAAGAUUAAGAAGAAUAUCAAGUUCAACACGUUUACUUGUUACAAUUAAAAAUUCAUUAUUGUCUUCGUCAACAACAACUAAAACAUCACAAUUAUCUCACACGACUCUUCGAUAUAUUUUGUUUAUUUCACUAUUUGUGAUUAUAUUGAUUAUCAUUAUUACAUUGAUUGCUUGUUUUUUCUAUCAUCGUAAGAAACAACGACAAUUAUUUGACGAAUAUUCAAUUCCUAUUGUUGAUACAACUAAGACAAAUACAUAUGGCAGUACUAAUAAUGAUAGAAGUCAAUCGAAGAAUUCAAUAAAUACAUCGAAUACAUUUUCAUCAUUAUCAUCAAAGCAAAACAACGAAACAAAAUCCCCCCAAAAAAUGAUCCAAAAUGUUGGAAACAUGUUUGCUGAUCACACGUUUUAG